CUUCAUGUGAGGACUAUUGGCUUGUGUUAAUAUAUAAAUCGAUGCCGCAGGUGACUCGGCCUUCUAGGAUAGGCCGUGCUCAAAGGUCACUUGCUUUAUGCGCCGGAAGCAUGUUGUUGGCUGAUAAGCGCCAAGUACUAUACCCCGCCUAGUACAGUCGCUCUGGCCGGUAUUGAAAUCAUUCUGAGAGCGGUCUGAUCUAGGGAGUCACUCGGAUUUUGCAUAACAGAACAUACGAUGGUCAAACUCCUUGCGGUCCUUUGGCUCGUUGCCUCUGUUGCGCUGGGUCUUGAUCUGCGCGGCCGUGACUCGAUAUUGCGUUCUGUUCCAGCGACCAAUGAGAAAUCGUCAUUGACGCUGCUUUAUCAGAACAGCUUGAAUUCGACUGAUGAUGAGAACCACGUCGGAGUCAUAUUGCUGGGCGCGUUAGCCCAGCACGAGAUCGGGGAAGCUUGCGAGGAAAUCGGGGAGUCUAUGGUGUCUUUCGCUACCAUUGAGAAACACGUGGAUGAAUUCAUGUCCUAUUUCUCGUAUCUGGUGUUUUCAGGCGGAGCGGGGCCAAACCAGCUGUACUAUACUCGCGAUGGUGUUCUAGCCGUGAGUCAAGGCUUUGAUGAGCUUAGCUUGUGGCAGUUCGGGCGCGGAGAGACCAAGCUUCCCGUUCUUUGUACUCACACAAGCACCGAGCACACGAGGCAUAAUCAUGGACGAUACAGUCGUGACACUGUGAGUGUCGCCUCCGAAGGGAACACUUAUGUUGGGCUUCGCGAUCGAAAGUCAUUCCGGUUUUUAGGCAUCCCGUAUGCCGACCCGCCCCAAAGAUUCACAUAUUCGGGGCUCUAUUCGAAAAAGUCUCAAACGAUCAAAGCCACGGAAUACAGGUCCAGCUGUGCUCAAGUUGGCCGUGGUAGUGAAGAUUGUCUAUUCUUGAAUAUCCAGACCCCUUACAUUCCGAGGAGGGGCUCAACCAACGGCCUCAAACCGGUGCUGUUUUGGAUCCAUGGCGGUGGGCUCGUUGAAGGAUCGGGCUCGGAUCCCUUGGCUGACGGUGGAAAUCUGGCUUCGCGCGAGGAUAUUGUGGUCGUGAGCUUCAACUAUCGCCUCUCUACUCUGGGCUUCUUGGCCGUUCCCGGGUCUGAUAUCCGUGGCAACUAUGGAAUCGCAGAUCAAAUAGUUGCCCUCGAGUGGACUAUAAAUAAUAUUGCUCAGUUUGGAGGCGAUCCGCAACGUAUCACGAUUGUCGGAGAAUUUACAGACACUGGAUCUGCCAGAGUGAUGCUGGAAUCGUCUCCUGCUGUCGGGAAGUUCCACGGUGCUAUUGUGGUUCCGGAAAUCGGCAGCCGUGAGGGGUUAGGGCGCGAAAGUGACAAUAACGCCACAUACGGCCAGUAUUUGAAGCCAGAGGAGUCGUAUCGAAUUGCUGGUCAGCAAAUAUUCUCCGCAGCCGGCUGCACCGGUGAGGAUCUCGUCGAACAGAUAUCAUGCCUAGGACAGGUACCUGCGUCCACCGUCGUCGGGCUAGAUACCGUUGCACGCUACGUCGUUCAGGACGGUCAUUAUGUCAACACACGCGACUCUAAUGAGGUUGGGAAGGAGCAUGGCUCUGCAGAUGUACCUGUCAUGUUUGUCGUCACCGCUGAUGACGCUUCUUCACGUCCUUCAUCUUCUGCCCAACAUAAGCUCGAAAUUCCAAAAUCAGCUUUGGACGUCAAGGAUGGAAUUGCUCAGGGUACUCCCGACCAUGAGUUGUCCUCAUAUGAUGAACCCGAGGACAUAGCAUCAAAAGCAUCUGAUACAUUCAAGCAAGACACCACUGAGUUUGGAAUUCAAUGCGUCAACCAAGUCACUACAUUUGCAGAUACGUCCUCGCGGGCAACUAGCCCUUCAUACUUCUGCCAUAUGGGAAGAUCCAGUGCUGAGUCGGGCCCCAUCGGACGUGAGGUUUCAUCAGCAAUGGCCGAGUUCUUAAGAGGUGCUCCUAUGCUGUCUUACUUCCGUCUGCAUCGUGGCAAUCAGCAGCUGCCACUGAUAUUCGGAAAUGUAUCCCCACGACGCCAGGUUCGGGACUUGCACUCGGUCCAACUUGCAUCGGCUUACUUUGGAGAGUUCGUGCGAUCUGGCCGGCCAAGCCCGUCAACAGAGUAUUUGAAAGCACGAGGAUACCUGAAACCCCAAUGAGCUAGACUCUUUACAUGACCAAUGGCACCUUGAGUUUUCACAAGUGAUAAAAAGACGCUCCACCGAAUUCUCUCCGUCCCCCAUUCUGUGAAAAGUCAUUACAGCCCGACCCCGCACCGAAGGAUACACCGAUUGUUCACCAGAUCAGAUCAAGAAGUCUGGCGAUAGAAAUCUGAGACGUGGUAUCCUGUAAACAUAAUGGGUCAGUGGAUGGUUGUGCGUUUGCUAUAUAUCUGAGGACAGCCAAAGAAUAAUGACAGUACUAAUCAUAAUAAUUUCA